AUGCAACUCCUUCAAGUUUUGCAUUUACUUAUCUUGAUCUCUUUAGCAGCAACAGUAACAAAAGCAGAGAGAAUCAGCAAAAAAGGAUGCAAUGAUAGGUGUGGAGAGAUAUUGAUUCCAUACCCUUUCGGGAUUGGAACAAAUUGUUCACUAAACAAAUGGUACAAUAUUGAUUGUAACUCCUCGACACCGUAUCUGUCUGCACUCAACAACACGGAGGUCUUGAGAGUAAAUGGAGGAGAGUUUACUGUUAAGGUCUCCAUGAGUUAUGAUUGUGCGAGACCAGUCCAGCAUAGCACUCCUGUCCUAAGCAAAGAGAGUCCCUUUUAUAUUUCCACUUAUGCUAACAAACUCUUCGUUGAGGGGUGUGGCAUUAAUGCUGACGUCAUGGUGAAGAAGACUAUUGUUGCCAGUUGCUCAACGAUUUGUCGUAAUGAUACUGUCAGAGAUAGAAACAACUGCUUUGGCAUUGGUUGUUGCCAAGCCACGUUUGAUAGUACUAAUAGGAAUAUCAAGACGUUUAGGUUGAAUGUAACAGGCUUGGAAGGGCCGGCUGGAGACGAGAUAUGUAGGUCUGCCUUCCUGAUGGACAGUUCAUACUUCAAAGCAGGCUUUCCAAUUGACAAGAACAACACUUACGUUCCCAUAACACUUUCGUGGAAUACAGAUACCCAAGACGACAACAAUACUUCUCCAGAAUGCAAAAAGUGUCAACUAAAGGGAGGGUAUUGUUGGCUAAAUCUUGACGCGGACUCGGCUACAAGUUGUUAUAUUUAUAAGGGGAGAAAUUUAGGUGUCAUUCUGGGUGUUAGUAUAAGCAUGGGAUUGCUUUUCCUAAUGGUGAUCGGCUAUGCAUUAUACAAAAUAAUCAAGAAACUUAAAGCUAAGAGAAGGAAACAAAGGUUUUUUAAGCGUAAUGGUGGUCUCCUUCUUAAACAACAACAAGCAACUGAUGUUGAUGAAACCAUACUCUUCACCUCUAAAGAAUUGGAGAAGGCUACUGACCAUUUUAAUGAGAAUAGAAUUCUUGGUCGAGGUGGUCAGGGUACUGUAUAUAAAGGUAUGUUAGCAGAUGGACGGAUCGUAGCAAUCAAGAAAUCAAUGGUGGUUGAUGAAAGUCAAGUAGUAGAGUUCAUCAAUGAGGUAGUCAUUCUUUCACAGGUCAACCAUAGAAAUGUGGUCAAAUUAUUAGGAUGUUGCCUAGAGACCGAGGUCCCACUACUUGUCUCUGAGUUCGUCUCAAAUGGAGCACUUUCUUACUUACAUUCAGCAACCUCCAUUCCGAUAUACCAUAGGGAUAUCAAGACAACUAAUAUACUUUUGGAUGAAAAGUAUCGAGCAAAAGUUUCUGAUUUUGGUACUUCAAGAGUACUUUCAAUCGAGCCAGUUCACUGA